AUGCCCUUCCUCGCCUCUCUCACCGACCCGAAACCCUACCACAUCCUCACCUACGGCACCCUCCUCGGCUCCAACCUCUUCCAGACCUUCAUCAACGGUCCCCUCGCCUACAACGCCCUCCCGCGACCUUCCUUCAGCACCCUCCAAACCGCCAUAUUCCCCGUCUACUUUGGCAUACAAACCGCGCUUCCCGUCGUGCUCGCUCUGACAUGGCCCGGUGAGAGGUCCGUUGCCGGACAUGUGAACUCCGGAUUCAAGGGUCUGCUCGCGGAGGAGAACAAGUGGACUGCGCUCACACCGAUGGCGUUGAUGUUUGUGACGAACCUCGCAAAUCUGGUUUGGCUGGGGCCGGCUACGACGAAGGUUAUGAAAGAGAGGAAACAUCAGGAGACGAGAGAUGGGAAGAAGUACUACGAUGCUGGCCCAAAGUCGCCGGAGAUGCAGCGCAUGAACUCGAGCUUCAACAGGUUGCACGGCGCGGCAUCGGUGGCCAACCUCAUUGGCUUGGGCGGCCUGCUGGUCUACGCCUUCACUUUGGCCGAGAAGAUAUAG